CGCUCCAUUGGCGGCGGAUUCAAACGUUCCAGCCCGGGUCUCGGGACCUGUAGAAGCGUCGGAAUCGGGGCUCUCGGUGUCCCCGCGGGCGUGAGCUUCCGUGCGGCGCUGGGAGGACCUAGGAAGCUCAGGCGGCUGGUGCCCGAGCCGGAGGGAGAGGAUGGCAUUCUCGACCACAGUCUCGCAGAGGAAGCUGAUAAAGCGGAAGGCUCCCCGCGGUUUUCUAAAGCGCGUCUUAAAGCGACAGAAGCCUCACCUUCGUCUGGAGACAAAUAGCGACCUACUGGUGCAUCUGAAUUGUUUACUCUUUGUUCAUCGAUUAGCAGAAGAGUCUCGGACAAAUGCUUGUGAGAAUAAGUGCGGCGUCAUUAACAAGGAUCAUGUGCUUGCUGCAGCAAAGGUAAUUCUAAAGAAGAGCAGAGGUUAGAAGUCAAAGAACACAUUUUUGAAAAUUAUAUGAUGUAUUAUUUUAGGUGGUAACAGAUCAUGAAAGCACUUUUUAUAUAGCAGUUAAUAUUGUGUAUUAAAAUAUUGGCUAGUUGAGGGAUGUGUGUAUUUGUAUGCUUUUUACUAGUAUUGAAAUAUCUCAAGUAAACACAUAGAACUUAUAUAAGCUUUGUUUUUGAGGAAUUGUUUCAUUUUAAGUGGGCUUUAGUUCAUUCUACUUCCCUUUUGUUGGUAUUGCAAAUGUUUUACAUAUCAAAAAUGAAAUCUUAGUGUAUGAAGUAGCUUGAAGACAUGUAUUUUUAGAAUUAAGUUUAUAAGUAUUUAGAUUUAGCCACAGUUAACUGUGGAAUCAAUUUAAUCUCUGAAGGAAGACAGUGUGUGGUCAAAUCUAGGUACAUUUUAAAUAUUUUAACUCUUUAAUGCCUUUGCAUUAGCAAUGCAGUUUAAUUUCAUGUAGGCCAAUAGUGUAAUGAUAUAAUUUCUCAACUGUAAACACUAGUAAGGUGUUUUCAAAACCUGUUUCCCUUGAAAA